AUGCUGUCGCUGACCUGGGGUUGCGCCUCCGCGCGGCGCUUCUGGCGCGGCGGCGCGCCUCCGCAGCUGGACCCAGUGAGGAAGACGAGCACCGCCAGCUCUUUCCUGCCGAUGCCGACGGAGCGCAUGCGGGAGCUGCGCAGCUUGGCGAGGCGCUUCGAGGUGGUGACCCCGCCCCAGGGCAGUCCCUUCGGCGUUCCAGAGGGGGCGGGUGAGACGACGCAGCAGCAGCAGCAGCAGCAGCAGCAGCGAAGGCUGCUCAACUUGCUCACGCCUGACGGCGUGGGCAAUCAAAGCAUCACAUUGUCCGCCGGGGCGACGCUGACCUACCUGGACGGCCCCCCGUGCUACGCGCCGCGCAAUAUUUCGGGAGCGUGGAUCAGUGCAGUAAUGCCUCCAGACAGUAUGUUUGUUUCCUCGACGGCCGCGGGCACUGGCACGCCUCGGCGAGCCGCCGCUGAGCCGAGGCCAAAGGCAUGGUUGGGGUCCACUGCAGGGGCCAUUCAGAGGCGGGCAGCUCAGCGAAAGCGUCUGAGGAAUGUUCGAGGAAUUCGGGUUUGA